AUGUGGGAGCGUCGCCCCCUGCUGCUCACCUGGGUGCUGCUCGCCCUCGCGGUCCGGAGCCACAGCUGGAAACCCUGCACAGACCUGCUGCCCAUCGACCUGCUGGCCAAAGCUCUGCCUCGCCCAGGAGAAGCCCCGCCCACACAGGUGCAGAUGGUUCAGUCCAGAGGCUCCAGAGGUCUCCGGCUGUCCGGCGCCGUGGCAACAGCGCUGAGUUUUCCCGCCUCCCAGAUCUUCACCAACUGUGAUUAUUUCCCUGCUGAGUUCUCGUUGGUCGCCACCUUCAAGAUACCCAGACUGGGACAGAAGAGGAACGAGUACGUCUUCUCGCUGGUGGAGGAGGAAGCUGAUUCGCUGUUGCUAGGGUUACGUCUUUCAGAGAACCGGCUCCACUUACUGACGUCGGCCCCCGGCGCGGGUCGGAACCGGCUCAGCUUCAAGGAGGUCGGACUGGACGACAACCGCUGGCACACGGUGGUCCUCGCCGUCACCGGACCGUACGCCACGCUGACCGUCGACUGUGGAAUACCGCUGGAGCUUAAACAGGUCCAGUCCUUCCCCAGCACGCUGAGCACCCGAGGGUCCCGGCUGUUCGUGGGCAGCAGGAGGAGAUGGAGAGGACGCUUCUCUGGUUUACUGCGUCAGCUGGUUCUACUUCCUGGUUCGGACGCCUCGCCCAGAGUCUGUCCCAACUCACACCCGAGUCUGGCCGAGCUGUCCGUCCCCCAAGUCCUCAAGUCCACCCCCCUCCAGCCAGACGGACCACAAUACCCGUACGAAGCGGAGGCCCGGGUGACGGUGGGGAGGCGUCCCGGCUGCUCCGGAGCAGAAGAGGGUCAGCUGUGGUUCGACGCUCAGAGGAAAGCUCUGUUCAUGUGUGACGGACUCACCUGGACCCCGCUGCUCAUCACCGAGCAGCGUCUGGACUACGUGGAGGACUACCAGGACCUCUACACCAGCUCAGAGACCUUCGAUGUGGAAGUGUUCUCCGUCCCGUCUGAAGGUCUGUUCAUGGCUGCAGCCAACAGGGACUCCAGACCCGGGUCAGGGGUCUACAAGUGGACCGACGGCUCGUUCCAGCUUUACCAGAACAUCAGCACCCAGGAAGCCCGAGCCUGGAAGCACUUCAGCAUCGAUGACAAGGUCUUCCUGGUAGUAGCUAACUCUCAGGAGCUUGAGCCGGAGCUUUCAGUCAUCUAUCGCUGGAGUAAGCGGCGGCGGCGUUUCGUGCGUCAUCAGACGCUGCAGACGCACGCAGCGCUGGACUGGGAGGCCUUCACCAUGCACAACCACAGCUUCCUGGUCGUAGCCAAUCACAGGCGAGACUCAAACCACAACAUCCAGAGUGUGAUCUACAGAUGGAACCCGAACACUAAGCUGUUCGAGGUGAACCAGACUCUGUCCACGUCCGGAGCGUACGACUGGGAGUUCUUCAGCGUGGGUCCGUACCACUUCCUGGCCGUCGCCAACACCUUCGACGGUCAGACCACCACCAUCAGCUCCACCGUCUACGUCUGGCUGGACGGACGCUUCCAGACCUUCCAGAGCAUCCCGACGAUGGGAGCAACGGACUGGGAGACGUUCCAGAUAGACGGGCGGUUCUUCCUCGCGGUGGCGAACAGUCAGAAGGUGUCGGAGCGCGGUCCGAGUCUCUACAGCAUCAACUCCACCGUCUACGAGCUCAACACCCUCACACAGACAUUCAUACGCUUCCAGGACAUCCUCACACACAGCGCCGUCGACUGGGAGUUCUUCACCAUCGGAGACGAGAAGUUCCUGAUCGUCGCAAACUCUCACGACGGCAGCUCGUACUCUCUGAACAGCGUCGUCUACAGGUGGCAGGGCUACGAAGGCUUCGUCCCGGUUCACAGUCUGCCAACGUUCGGCUGCAGAGACUGGGAACAUUUCAGCACCAGCGAAGGAUCCUUCCUCGUCUACUCCAGCGCCACCUCCAGGCUCAGCAAGGUGUUCAAGCUCAGAACUUACUGA